AGUGACGUAAAGGCCCCGCAAGCGACCCAACACACCCGGCUGGAGGACUCGUCAGUUUUCUGGUAGCUCGCUUGAGCUCUUUCUCAUUCUUGUUUUACUCGUCUCCCUGCGGGUGUGCUGACAGGUGCUCAUGUCCUUCAAUUACCAGGGUGCUCCGGUUUACAAUCCAAAUUCGCCGGACGUAGUACUAGGACCAUCUACCUGGUCCUCGUUUGGACAUGCGUUGUUGGCCACGGCGCUCUUCAGAUGCUGGCACAUCUUAAUCUUCUUUGGCGCUUGGUCGACUGCUAUCUGUGUGAUCAGCCAUAACGUCCAUAAUUUGGCGUUGCAGCCAACUCUUAUCACCGUAUUUGGUACUGUCCUUGGUUUCGUCAUUUCCUACAGGACUACUUCCAGUUUCGAACGUUACAACGAGGGACGAAGGCUUUGGUCACAGAUUGUGCUCGGAAGCCGUACCUUCGCUCGCACCGUGUGGCUACAUAUUCCAGAUAACGCGUAUCCGAGUACUCAGGCACUCCCAGACCAGCAGGAGGAAUACAAGGCGAAGACUCUGAUUGAGAAGAAAUCCGCCAUGAACCUGCUCGAAGCAUUCGCCGUCGCCGUUAAGCACUAUUUGCGUGGCGAAGAUGGCAUCUACUACGAGGAUUUGUAUUACUUGGUUAAGUUCCUUCCUACAUAUGCGCUUCCACCGACAAUCCCUUCCGCCGUCGAUCUCAAUGGGACAAGUGGCACCAGUGAUGAUGUUCCUGGAUCACCACGUUCAGGGCACUUCCAUGGAUCAGGGCUCACGAGGCGAGCGCCGGCUCCGGGUCAACUUCCGCUCCCGACUACCACACGUACACCAUCCCUCCGGGUGGCGACUUUUGCGACAGAAAAGACGCUUCACACCGACGAGCGUUCCCAAAAGGGCGUUAAAUUGUCUGCAGGCCCCGAUGACAUCAGGCUAGCCCCUGCUAUGAAUCCUCCAAAGUACUCGCUGUUCGAUCUAUUCCCAUUCUCGCUACUGGUCCGGAUGCUGGCUAAGGACGGGGUGGAUAAGAACGGGGAUGCUGUGAAAGGAAGGAGGGCAGCGAGACGGAGAGCUAUGAUGCGCAAUCACCGAGGUCAACAUUCGUACAACAUUCCCUUGGAAAUCUCAUUGUAUUUGGGCUCUUACGUCUCUGCCCUGCAAUCUCGCAAGGUCGUCGAUGCACCAACUACCACUGUCCUACUGGCAACAAUCACCCAGCUUGUGGAUGCUCUAACUGGUCUAGAAAGGAUCCUCACUACCCCAAUACCAUUUUCAUAUUCCAUUCAUUUGUGGCUGGUAACUGUUGUAUAUUGUUUGGCUUUGCCGUUCCAGGUCUGGUCAACGUUGAAAUGGGUCACGAUCCCUGCCACUGUUGUCGCGAGUUUUAUCUUCUUUGGCUUCCUCGUUGCUGGAGAGGAGAUCGAAAAUCCCUUUGGAUAUGACAAAAAUGAUCUGAACAUGGAUUACUUCGUGCAAAAUAUAAUACGCAAAGAGCUUCGCGCUAUCAUGGCGAUGCCUACGCCUGACCCUAGUGUGUGGGCGUUCUCCUCGGAGAACGACCUCCUUUUCGCGAGCUCGGAUACAGAGGAACGUGUGUCACCCUCAGAGUGGGUCCAACGGGGUAUACCAAAGAUGCGAGAUGCGCUUAGGCUACAGUGAUCCGGGUACCUCGGAGCUUGUGAAAGGGUGUGCAUAUGCGCGCGUCCUAGGCUAUCCUAGGCCCCCACACAUGAGGCUCACGUAUUGCUUGUUUGCUUUCGUACCUUUCCUUUGUGCUUUUCUCUUUGCCAUGUUCAAUGUUGUCGAUUUUUCAUAAAUGUUGAUUGGACAUUUCACUACUAAUAUCAUUUCAGGACUUUUCGCACAUGUUCCUGCUGCUCCAUAUCUGCUAUUGUGCUUGAUGCUAUUCACUCACUUUAAUCCUCCGGUCUAGCGCCACCACCAUCAUGUUGAAUUGAGGGUUUUGUGCUAUGUCGUGCGAACGAGAAGUUUUGCAAAGCUGUGAUAUAGUUCAAACUUCAAGCUGCCCAUACCUCACAAUGACGCUAUCUAGCUGAAUAGAAUGUUCCUUGCGGUGACGAAG